AUGCGCCUACUUUCUUCAUUCCUGUCGCUCGCUCUGCUCUCCUCCGCCCUCGCAUCGCCUCCCACCAAAGACCCGAAAGAGCUCAGCGAUGAGAAGGAGGCUACCGUUUUCAACGGCAAGGAGGUGCCGCCCAUGACCCAGCUGACUACCGAUAAUAUCGACUCCAAGAUUUCCAAAGGCAACUGGCUCGUGGAAUUCUUCUCGCCCUAUUGCCAUCACUGCAAGGCAUUCGCUCCCACUUGGCAAACUCUCUACGAGUUCUACUACACCCAAGACCCACUUCCCGGCUCCGAUUCGAAGGACGGCGACCACCUGAACACCUUCUCGCGCUACUACGAUUUUAAUUUUGCACAGCUUAACUGUGCCGCUUACAGUGACGGCUGCGCCGCCAAGGAAAUCCACUCGUACCCCAGCAUUGUGUUUUUCAAGGACGGCAAGGAAGUCAAAAGGCACGUUGGUGCCGACAAGAUUAAGUUCUUCGCGGAUUGGAUUGAGGAGUCUCUGGAAACUAUUAGGCCUGGUUCUCGGCCUAAGGAUGGGCUAAAGCUGCCCGAGGUUGGCGCAAAGAGCGUCGAGUCCAACGCGAAGCCCGAUACGCCCGCCAACAAGGACAAGAACCCUGCUGGAGGUGCCGCCGCAGCAAGCAAGCACAAUGAAGUAGCGAGCCAGACCGCAGAUGCUGCUAGUACCAAGGAAACCGGUACCAAGACAAAGCACAAGCCGGAACACAACCCUCAAGGCACCUCCAUCCCGCUUACCGCCGAGAGCUUCCAGAAGCUGGUCACUAUGACGGAGGAUCCAUGGUUCGUCAAGUUCUACGCGCCCUGGUGCCACCAUUGCCAGGCCAUGCAGCCGAAUUGGGCGAGUAUGGCUCGCGAGAUGAAGGGCAAACUCAAUGUCGGCGAGGUUAACUGCGAUGCUGAGAAGAGGCUCUGCAAAGACGCACACGUGAGGGGCUAUCCCACCAUUCUGUUCUUCCGCGGAGGCGAGCGCGUCGAGUAUGAUGGUCUUCGGGGCGUCGGUGAUCUGAUCAGCUACGCCAACGGUGCUUACGAGAGCAGCGACGGUGUUCCCGAUGUCGACGCCGAAUCUUUUGCUGAGAUGGAGAAGAAGGAGGAGGUCAUCUUCCUCUACAACUACGACCACGCUACUACCAGCGAAGACUUCGCAGCACUGGAAAGAUUGACGCUCAGCCUGAUUGGACAUGCAAAGCUAGUCAAGACUAAGGACCCCAAGCUGCAUGAAAGGUUCAAGAUUUCCACGUGGCCCAGGCUGCUAGUGAGCCGGGAUGGAAAGCCGAGCUACUACACCCCGAUCGCGCCCAGGGAGAUGCGCGACUACAGAAAAGUCUUGGGCUGGAUGAAGUCCGUCUGGCUGCCCAUUGUUCCGGAGCUCACUUCUUCUAACGCCCAGGAGAUCAUGGACGGCAAGCUUGUUGUCCUUGGUAUACUGAACCGGGAGAGGACGGACGAGUUUGAGAGCGCGAAGCGUGAAAUCAAGAAUGCGGCCAUCGAAUGGAUAGACAAGCAGACUCAGCAGUUCCAGCUCGAGAGACAGGAGCUUCGCGAUGCGAAGCAGCUGCGAAUCGAGGAAGCCGAGGACCGUAACGACCAACGUGCUCUUCGCGCCGCCAAGAGCAUCCGCAUCAAUAUGGAUGAGAUAGAGCACAAGGAGGUUGCUUUCGCCUGGGUUGAUGGCAUCUUCUGGGAGCGCUGGAUCAGGACUACCUACGGCAUUGAUGUGAAGGAUGGUGAGAAGGUCAUCAUCAAUGAUGAAGACAACCGCCGCUACUGGGACCAGACGUUUACCGGAAACCCAAUCGUUCCCUCCCGCACUUCCAUUCUUGAGACGCUUUCAAAGGUCACUCGUGAUCCGCCGGCUCUCACUCCGAAGUCCACCAUUGGCGCUAUCUCGAUGUUCUUCUUUACGAUCAAGCAGUUCUUGACCGGCCAUCCCUUCCUGUCCGUUGGCCUCACUCUUGGCGUUGUCGUCGCUGCGACCUACUUCGGCCGUGGCCGCUUUAGGCGCGGAAAGCCAUUCGGGUCCAGCGCUGGCUUCUUCCAACUGCCGACAGGCAACGAGAAGGAUGGGAUCUUGGGCGCAGUCAAUGGAGGUGGCGCUAAAACGGAUUGA